GUGCCCCAUCACAUACCGGUGCCGGUGCCGGUAAACCAUCCGAUCGCCGUCCCGUAUACGAAGUUAGUGAAAGUCCAGGAACACGUGCCGAUCGAGGUGUCCAAGCCGGUCCCGGUCGCGAUUCACCAACAAAUAGCAAUACCGGUGCCAAAGGCAGUCCCGGUGCCGCAGCCGAUUCCGGUUCCUCAUCCGGUAACGGUGAACAAGCCAGUCUUUUACCCGGUACCACACCCGUUCCCGUAUCAGGCCAGCAGCCACUCCGAGGGUGCUAUCGGAGUCGCCGGAUACGGUGAUCACGGCGGGGAUCAAGGUGGCCUGAGCCACCACCAAUCGGAAAGCUACAGUUCCUCUUACACGGUGAACCAGGAACCAGGCGACGACCAAGCAGCCCACUUUCAACCCUCUCACCCCGAUUACAACUCGCAUCACCGUCGUUGA